CAUAGGAAUAUCCACCUCUACAUAAUAAGCUCCUUCCACGAAGAGUGAAUAUUAAUGGCGGCUUCAGAGUUUAAGCACUUGGUGGUUGUGAAGUUUAAGGAAGAUGCUAAGGCUGAUGAGAUCUUGAAGGGCUCAGAGAAUCUUGUUUCUCAAAUUGAUUCUGUCAAAUCUUUUGAAUGGGGAGAAGAUAAGGAGAGUCACGAGAUGCUUAGACAAGGAUUCACUCAUGCAUUCUCGAUGACUUUUGAGAACAAAGAUGCUUACGUUUCUUUCACAAAACAUCCUCUUCACGUUAAGUUCUCAGCCGCUUUCACCGCCGUUAUCGAAAAGAUCGUGAUUCUUGACUUCACCGUCGCCGCCGUCAAAUCUCCCGUUGUUGUACCACCGUGAAUCUCAUGAUCUUGUUAGUACUUGUUAGUUACUGUAUUAAUCUCUUUUUAAAAUUGAAUCGUGUUUGUAAGCUGUUUCAGUUAUGUUUCGGUUGGUUAUGUACGUUUUGGUUUGAUUCCUUUAUUUCCGGUUCGUAAUAAUAAGAAUAAUUAUUAAUUU